AGAAUCCAAAAGAAACACCGGUCAUGUGCGGUUGGAAAGACUCAGGGCUCCACCAUGGAGAAAGAAUCGUGACGCCGUGAUGGGGCCAUCGACUGAAUCUUCCGGCGAAUCCACCUUUGGUCAAAGCAGAUGUUUGAUCAGGAGUGAUGGCAUCAAGAGAGCCAACGUGGUGUUGGCUUCAACACAAGAGAUGCGGCGGUUCGUUAAGUUGACCGGCGCCAUGGCUCAUUCUUCGACUUGGUUGGAGGUAUAAAUCGACAAGAUGCCGCCGUUCAUUCCUUGAAUCGAUAUCAGCUUCAUCACAACUUUGAAUCUCAGCAAUCUUUACCCAUUUUUGCUCAACCUCAGUUGAAACUACUCGUACCACAUAAGCCAACAACUCUGCCAAAAUGGCGCCCGGUCGUCUCCGUCGCGACGAUUCCAACUCAGCUAGCGACGCGGAUGAUGUCUCACCGCGUCUAUUGCGCGGCCACGACCUUGUGUCCGACACCCCCAAUGCAGCAACCCAAUGCAAACUCACGGUCUAUUUCCCUCCGCCAUCUGUAGUCAGCCUCGACGGCAAGAUCGGCCACGUGGUUGUCAAGCUUGACCCAGCGCCGUUGCGUUGGCAUGGAAUCCAAGGCAUCCUCACUCUACUUAGGGCAAAGCCAGACGAAGAUGACAUUCUCGAGGACACUCUCAUGGCAGCGGGAGAAUGGAAGGCGCAUCGCAAGAGGGACGACAGCCAGCAAUGCGACCAAAUCGGGCCCUGCAUCUUAAACCAGGGCCUACAGGAAGUAGCUCCGUACCCCGUGCCCACAGGCUACAAUGCUCAUCCUUUCUAUUUUGUUUUUCAGGAUGUGCAGAUUUUUAAUCCCCAAAACUUCCAUGGCCCGCCCAUUAAGAUGAAGUUCAAGGUUAAAGUGGAGGGUUGCAACACCGGUGUCCCGGUAGAAGAUGCGUCGGUUUGCCUUGUGGAGUGUGAUACUAUGUCGUCGGUGUGGAUUUCUGAGGAUAAGAAUAUCACGAAGGAGCAACGGGAAUAUACGAAGGAAGAGUACGAAAAGCUCAAAGAUCUCCAUUUUGAUGUUGGAAGUGGAACGUGGGUCAAACUCGACUCUAACAAGGACGAUUCAAACUGGGUCUGGAGAUCCACUUAGCCGGGGAAGGCUCGGAUACAAGUACUGCCUGAUCGUUCUGCGUACGGCGGAACCGUCGAGAACACCGGAAAGUGUUCGUCUGAAGGUAUUUGGAGACGAUUUUGACACGGCAGGGCCGGCUGGUCCGGCUAGGUUAUCGUCGUGUGGACGGGAUGAAGGAAUGGAGCCUCUACUCACUUCGUGGGAUAUUACCUAGAGGUGACAGUGUCUUCGUCCUGCCAUACGAUAGAAGCCUCCCCGAAUGGAUAGGAACUGGGGCUGGAUAGUCAACGCAAUUGCUUUUUUUCAAUGGUUUUAUUUGUUCUCGUUAAGUUCACGUCUUGCUCGGUGAUAGGCCCACAGUGUCUGACGAUGGCCCUUGGCACUUGCUAAGGCUGUUAGACCACUAA